GAAGUAAAACUGCAAAUGCAAAAAUCCAACGGUCAAUGGACAAGAUGCUUUUUCUCUUUGUGUAGAGAGUAAAACUGCAACUCUGUUUUUCAAGGAAAAUUUUCUUUUCUUCUCCGUUUAAGCUUAGAAAACAUCGAAACAGCAGAAUCCCAACACAGAAAUUAUUCACAAGCAUUCUUCUCUCUGUCUGUAACAAUGGCAUCUCCUAAUACUAAUGGGUUUUCUGCUUUCGAAGACGUUCCUCGAGCUGCCGACAUUCCCGUUUAUGCGGUGACGGCUGCUUUUAGUAAAGAUCCUAGUCCGGUUAAGCUAAAUUUGGGGGUUGGUGUUUACCGAGCAGAGGAUGGAAAACCUCACGUGUUGAAUGUAGUUAGACGAGCUGAGAGACUGCUAAUUGAUGACACGUCUAGAACUAAAGAAUAUCUCCCUAUUACUGGGUUGGAAGAAUUUAUUAAAUUGAGUGCACAGCUUGUCUUCGGUGCUGAUAGUGAUGCUAUCACAGAGCACAGAGUGACUACUGUCCAGUGCGUGUCCGGUUGUCUGUCAUUGAGGAUUGGCGCUGAGUUUUUAGCAAAACAUUACUACCAACAUACAGUAUACAUUCCCGAGCCAACAUACGGAAAUCAUCCAAAUUUUUUCUCAGCAGCAGGUCUUACUUUGAGGACUUACCGAUACUAUGAUCCAAUAACAAAUGGGCUGGACAUUCAAGGACUGUUGGAGGACCUUGGUUCUGCACCAUCAGGAGCCAUUGUGCUUCUCCAAGCAUGUGGUCACAACCCUACUGGUGUUGAUCCAACUGUCGAGCAAUGGGAGCAGAUCAGGCAGCUGAUAAGGUUAAAAGGACUGUUACCUUUUUUUGACUGUGCUUAUCAGGGUUUUGUGAGUGGAAAUUUGGAUAUGGAUGCACAAUCUAUUCGGAUAUUUGUAGCAGAUGGUGGUGAAUGCCUUGUCGCUCAAUCUUAUUCAAAAAUAAUGGGAAUUUAUGCAGAACGUGUUGGUGCGCUUAGCAUUGUAUGCAAGACAGCAGAUGUGGCCAGCCGAGUUAAUAGCCAACUAAAACUUGUGAUCAGACCCAUGUAUUCGAACCCACCCAUACAUGGAGCAGCUAUUGUGGCUACCAUCCUAAACGACAGGGAUAUGAUCUCUGAAUGGACUGUUGAGUUGAAGGCAAUGGUUGAUCGACUUGUUAACCUUCGGGGGCAACUCUAUGAUGCUUUACGUGACAGAGGAACACCAGGGGACUGGACCCACAUUACAAGUCAGGUUGGAAUGUACACUUUUUCUGGAUUAAAUGAGGAGCAAGUUGCCUUCUUGAUGAAAGAAUACCACAUCUACAUGUCACCUGAUGGGAGGAUUAACAUGGCAGGCCUCAGUAAGAAAACUGUCCCUUAUCUUGCAGAUGCAAUGCAUGCAGCUGUUACCUGCAUACGGUAGAUGAUUUCCCAGUAUGAUUCUUCGUAUGAGAUAAUUAUAUAGUACAUCUUUAUUUCAUUUACCCUCGUGUAAGAAUUCAAUCUAAUUUAAUUGAUUUCUCCUGUUAAUUUUCUUA